AACCUGUUGAGGGAUGUUCAGGGCACAUCGCAACAGCAGCCAUACUUAACUUCGAUCUGUCAGUGAGUGCGUUUCGUUUCGAAUAUUUUCGAUUUUCGCUUUGUUAAAACGGUGAUCCCUCAAAAAACGAUUUUCGUCGUAUUCGGCGACGUCCGGGGGUUCCAUUCAAGGUGGUUCCACGUGUUUCGCGGCCAUGAUUAACCUGGAAGCGAGGAUAAUCACCAGCGAUAAGAAUAUGGGCGAUUUAAUAGAUAUGACUUCCGUUUAUAAUAAUCUCCCAACGUAUCUUCCAACAAACAACUGGAAUUAUUAUAUGCGACGAAACAUGCAAGAAAUCAUUCCGGGGGUUUACUUAGGUCCAUAUUCAACAGCGCUAAGAAAUUGCCGUUCUGCGUUAUUAGAUAAAGGAAUAACACAUAUUAUUUGUGUCCGACAAGAUAUUGAGGCACAUUAUAUUAAGCCACAAUUUUCUGAUUCAACAUUUACUUAUUUGACGCUCGAAUUCGCUGAUACGGUAACAGAAAGUAUCAUAAAGUACUUCCCAAAAGUGCGACAAUUUAUUGAUGAUGCUUUAGCACAUAAUGCUAAAGUUUUAGUCCAUGGAAAUAAUGGGAAUUCAAGAAGUGCAGCUUUAGUUUUAGCUUACAUUAUGGAAAAAUUUGGGUUAACUUAUCGAGAAGCUUAUGCUUAUGCUAAAGAUCGAAGGGCUUGCAUAAAACCCAACGACGGUUUUAUAUCCCAAUUAGAAGAAUAUGAGCCAAUUUAUCGGGCGAGACAAAGUUUAGAACAAGGCGGGACAUCUUGCGAAACGCGGAGGCAUAAAAGGAAGUGUGAUGAAUUAUCGGAAUUGGUUGAUAUCGAUUUAAUUCAACCACCACCUUCACCCGCAACAGAACUUGUCGGUGUUGAUUAUAGGCAAGAAGAAGUUUUAGAUAUUUCCAAUCAUUUACACCGGUUGUGGUUGUUAAAAACUGCUUAGUGGGGCUUUUUAAAAAAAUCUGUUGUGUAUAUAUGUAUAUUUCUUAAGGUUAAGCCUAGAUUAAGGUUUUUAUAUGUAAGUUAAUUAAGAUUUAAUCUUUUUUAAAAUUUAUUGGAAUCAGAAGAAUCUAUUAAGUUUUUUUUAAUUAAUGUAUAAGAUGAUUCAGUUAAUUUAAUAAUUAGUUAAAUUGUUUGUCAAAAUUUCAAAAUCAGUAUGAGAAGUAACACUUGAUUUAGAACUAGAAAGUUUAGGUUUUGCUGUCAAUUUAACAUAUUCACUGCCGUCUUGGUCAAUAUCACCAAGAAAAUUUAUUUAAUCACCACGCCGUUUUGGUCAAUAUCUUUACAGGAUGAUAAAUAUUUGAAAAUUUUUAACAGGAGACUGCAUUGGUGGAUCUUUUUGUGCAUUAUGCGCCAAAAAAUGGAGAUUUUGUCCACACAUGAAAUUUGUGCCUCUGUCCCAAGAUAUAUUUACAUACAUACGUAUAGAUUGUGUUAAUUAAUUAUCGCACCCGACGUUAUCAUUGCAAGUAUGC